AUGGGGGUCAAUGCUCUGCUUGCGAAUGGCUCGGCCGAUACAGGAAUAAGCAACGAGUCUUUGAGCCUCCUGAAGGAAAUGGGUGGAAAAUAUCCUGAGGAUACCAAGGUGUCAUUUCCAGGACGCCUGUACAACAUGAUAGACAAUGCCAAGGUGGAGGACCAGGUGAAGUUUCUUGUCCUGACCUUAGAUCAUAUCAUCCGCCUCAUGGAUGCCAGAGAGCACAUGAAUUCAGUGCAGUGGAACCUACAGACUGUAGAGCAUUUUCUAACUGUCCUGAACAGGCAGUCAUCUGAUCUUAAAGAAUGUGUGGCCCGAUACCAGCCAUCACAUAAGGAGUCCUACGAGAAAAAGAUAAACAGACACUUCAAGAUUUUAAAGAAGAAUCUAAAGAAAAAAGAAUAUAGUGCUCAAGCAUGGGAGCAGAUCCGGAGAGCUGUGAAACAUCACCUUCAGAGGAUGGACAUCAUCGCAAGCAUUGCCAACAGACGAUAAGACAUAAUGACAGAUGAAUGACUUGUGACACAUUCCAUGGAGUGAAGAAAAGUGAAUGUAAACAAUGCCUUAAAAGCUAAAACUGAAUGUAACAAAUAUUUAUUUACAUGACUGUAUUUUAUUUCAACUAGAGUUGAAAGUUUUGCCUAAUGUCUGGUGUUUUAAUAUAGAGUUUACCUUAUGUGUUUCCUAUGAAAACUUGAAGUAAUCUGAUCAAGCAAGCUAAUUAUGUUUCUUACAAAAACCUGUGAAACCUUUUAUUUAUUUUAUUUUGGUGCAAAUAGGCCUAUGUGCCUAAACUAUACUCAGAUUUUUUGCUGAAUGUGAAAAAAAUGUUUAAAAAAACAAGCAUGCCAUGUAUUUCAAGUCAUGUAUUUAUUAACGGUCAGUCAGUUAUGUUGUGAUGCACAUGAAUAUUAGAUAUGUUUUGUGAUUGUUUCAGAUAUUUAUUAUACUUAAUUUAAUUUAUAUAUUGUUGUGCACAAUUUUUGUAUCUCUGAAUAUUUAUUGUUUUUAUAUGUACUGUUAUUUAUAGUUAUUUAUUUGCUCUAUUUGCUUGCAAAAUAUUUUUGUACUUUUAAAUAAAAAAUUGAUUUAAACUAA